GAAGGGGGCAGAAGGCGAGUGGAGUCGAGCGAGGCGACUGACAGGCGGAGCGGCGGCGGCGGCGGCGGGUGCGGGACUCUGGGUGGCUUGCCUGCGCGCAGGAUGUCCCGGGCCGGCUAGCUGAAGGGGGCAGGGGCAGGCGAGCGCGGAAGGAAAGAAAGAAAGAAAGAAAGAAAGAAAGAAAGAAAGAAAGAAAGAAAGAAAGAAAGAAAGAAAGAAAGAAAGAAAGAGCCAGUCAGCGGCGGAGCUCGCCUUGCUGGGAGCGGAAUCUGGUGGAGUUUGCCCGGCGGCUUGCCGGAGGCGGGGGCGACCCGGGACUGCCCCUGUCUGAGCCGGGCGGCUGGGGAGGCUCCCUCCUGCCGGGCUCUGGCCGCCGCUCCCCGGCUGUCGUGCCCGUGCGCCGAGCCACCCUGGAGGCUCGCCUUGGCCCCCCUCGCCGCCGCCGCCGCCGCCUCUCGUGCGCCCCCAGCCGAGGGACGCGCCGCUCCCUCCCUCCCGCCCAGGCCGGCCAGCGCAGCGCCCCGGAGCAGCCCUCGGGGUCGGGGGCCGAGCGGAGAUGAGCAUGCGGGGCGGCAAGCCCGGCUUCUGCGGCCGCCCGCUGCUCCUGCUGGCCGCGCUGCUGGUGGCGGAGAGCUCCCAGCUGGACGGCGCCAAGGUGAACUCCAUCAAGGCCACCCUGCUGGGCGAGGCGCCCACGCAGCCCACCAACCGGACGGCCCCGAUCCACCUCGGGCUGGCUCUGGGCAGCGGCAAGAAGGGCAAGAUCCUGGGGCCCGGCGGCAAGUCCCUGAAGCACUUCCGCCGGCAAGGCGAGGCUUACCCUUGUACCAAUGACAAGGAAUGUGAAGUUGGGAAAUACUGCCACAGUCCCCAUCAAGCGACUUCAGCUUGCAUGAUUUGCAGAAGGAAAAAGAAGCGUUGUCACAGAGACGGCAUGUGCUGCCCUGGAAACCGCUGCAACAAUGGUACCUGCAUACCAGUGACUGAAAGCAUUCUCACAGCACAUAUCCCAGCCCUGGAAGUACCCCGCAACAAGAAAAGUAACCACUAUCCCACUAAGGAUUUGGGCUGGCAAAAUCUAGGGAAAGGGCAGUCCAAGUUGACACACAUCAAAGGUCAUGAAGGAGAUCCCUGCUUAAGGUCCUCUGACUGUACCGAAGGGUUCUGCUGUGCACGUCAUUUCUGGACCAAAAUUUGCAAGCCUGUCUUGUACCAGGGAGAAGUGUGCACCAAACAGCGCAAGAAAGGAUCCCAUGGGUUGGAGAUUUUCCAGCGAUGUGACUGUGCCAAAGGGCUGUCCUGCAAAAUCUGGAAAGAUGCCACCUAUUCUUCAAAAGCAAGACUUCACGUGUGCCAGAAGAUCUGAUAACGCAGAGCCUGCAACUAACAGGACGUGGUCCCUAUGUACUGAGUGCGUUGCAGCAUUGUGGAACAUAAGGGUUGCAAAUAAGAGCAGAAUGAUCGAAGUAACACCUGUGGCAGGAAUAAGCAUCAUCUUAGACUAUAUGACAUUUCUGCCCUGGAGAGGAAUGCCAAGGCAGCUGGAAUGUCUUAAUUAUUCAGUGUCAUUCUGCCUGUGGUGCCAAAUCUUUGUGGGAAAGCACAGCACCAGUGGUGUUUGAAAUUGAUCACGCUAUAUGUAUGACCUGUGACUUCUCAUCAAGUUGUUUGCAUUAGUUGUGGGUAGGUUCCCCUGUAUGAUUGUAAAAUAAAUGCUAUAUUAUGUGUGUACAGCACAAAGCAGUGCUUUGCUGAUGGACAUUUCAAUGAACACAUCCUUGAAUAUUCAACAAGGACUCUAUAGCAAAGAAAAGGUAUCUGGAGGAAAAAGUUAUCGUGAAUGUUGCAACCUGUUAACUUUACAAUUCAAAGCUGUCAUGUGAAUCAGAAACAGCUUCCUGACAAGCAGGAAUGCAAAAUUUUGGAGGCUGCUGAGUAGAUGGUCGGGGAAAUUAACAGUCAAUAUUUUUUCAAGGAAGAUGUUAACCUUGAAGACAGGCAUUGUGCAGGGGUAGGGCGGUAGUCUAUCUGGUUUAGCUUCAUAGAUUGAUGGAGCAUUUUGAUCAGAAGGGAGUCCUCUUCAUAUAACACAGCAAAUGUUUUCUAUUUAUCUCAGUUUAUUGCUAGAAAAUUUGGGGUUGAGAGAUAAACCAAGCUGUUCCUGAAUGCUUCAAGGGUGAAAUAGGAUGUUGAGCUGCUAGUUGUGAAUGCCAGGAUGCUGAGAAUCACCUGGUAAAUUCUUGUGGACUUUUGCCUCAAAGGGAGACAACACAGUCAAUUGACCAUAAACUUAGGACUGAGCCAAGAGAGCUAUUCAGCACACUUUAACUUGGAGACACCAAAAAUGGAAGCAUCAGUGUGCCCGUGGCAAGAAAACCUUCACAAUAAAAGUUAUCUUGAACAUGGACACAUGAUCAGUUAUUCAUAAAUGACAUCACACGCUGAAAUGUAACAGCUCAGACUGGCAAAAUAUUAUGUUCUUGUUUCAAAUGCAUGUUAAUCGUGUGGAUAGGAUCAACUGCCUCCAUUGACGACAAUGGUUUCUCAAUCACUUCAGCAGUGUGAAUAAAUGAUGACUUCCGCUUAUCUGAUUUAUUUUCUCUCCUAGUACCCCUGCAUUUUCUCUUACUAUACUUGCUUAUUUUUCAAAUGUGUUAUUUUUGUAAGCAGAAGAGGUUGGGAAAAAAAUAGAUGGGUAGGAUUACUCUAGGCAAUAUGACUGACUGGCUGAAAGAAAAUGUAUCUAUUCCUUUUUUUGUUUUACAUUGUGCCACUUCUAGGGGGCAUUCGGAUGAUCAUUCUUUCCCAUCACCCCAUGUGAUUAAAUCCAUGUUGAAAAGAGCCAUCCUUAAAGAGUCUAAAAUAAAUGGGAUCUGUGGUCAUUGUGCCUCCCAUUCUUUGAAGCUUUCUCUUUCUACUUUAUGUUCAUGUGUUCUCCUUGUUCAUUCAAAGUAUGCGCACAUGAUGUAAAUUAUGGCUCAAAUCUGGAAACCAAUAUAUCCAUAUUUUGAAUUAACGAAAAUGAGUUAUACCAUAAAGGGUCCACAGAGUUUAAUUUUCCUUGGCACAUUUCUACACUGCAAGUGAAAACUAGUUCUGAACCAGUUCAGUUGCCAUGGCAUCCUCCCCAGGAAUCAUAGAAACAAGUUUAGUCAGGAUACUGACAAUGUUCUACGCCUCCUCUCCCUUAGCACUUCUUGAUGGAAUGCAGGCCAGAAAGGUCAAAUAGUUUUCAGGGCAGAGUGCAUGUACAAAAUUGGUGCCUCGCUGUGACCUGUGUACCAAUAGCCAGUCACCUUUGUCGUUCUUAAAGUUCUGAUUAUUUUGUGAUGAAGUAAAUAUACAAAUGUUUGUAACAAAGCCCAGACCGAUAUUGUAUAAACCGAAAUCACUUUCAGGAGGCUGAAAAACGUAGUAGAGAAAUGGUGGGAGUAAUCAAUCCAACCUUUCUUUGUUGGCUGUUCCUUCCACUCAGAACGUUUCCCCAAGUUGCUUUUUUCCAGCAGAGGUCCAGAAGGGAAGCUACUCUUGAAAGUAUACAAAUGGAAUCCCAGUGGGUUGGAAAAGCCCUUGGCAUAAUUUGGAGCAGGAAAUGGUUAGUGUGGGAAGGGACAAAUCUUCCAUCCAAAAUGGCUGCCUCUCAGGAUGAUUUUUCAUUGUUUGAAACUGUGAGAACUUCUUUAUGAGCAUUUGCAUGCAAUAUUGUACCCCAGCUCAGAGUUUAGGCCUCUGUUUCAUUAUUUUUUAAAGAUUAUACAGGUUAUUUAAAUUUCAAAAUGCAAGGGUUCAAUAUUGCCUCCCACCAGAUCUUGUUGGAUUUAUGUAGGAGUUUUGCCUGGUUUCUGCAAGUGCAAUGAAAACAGAAACAAGGUUGUCAUGUGUGUAAUUUCAAAGAGACAUUUCACCUUUUGCUGAAAGAGAUGAUAUCCACAUAUCCCUACCCUCUGUGAGAUGACCAGAAGGAAUUCUUUGGUGCAUCUAGCAGUUGCAAAGUAAGAAGUCCCACUCAUGUAAAGGUUAUCGGAUGGCUUCUGCAUGCCCUUCCCUUAUUUUCCUGCAAGAUCUAGUAUUUGAAAUAAUUUAUUUACAGGAAAUGUUUAAUGAGAUGUAUUUUCUUAUAGAAGAUAUUUCGUACAGAAAGCUUUGUAUCAAACUAUACUUGCAACUUGUUGACUUUGUAAUUUAGAAAGAAAUGUAUAAUAAGAUUAAAUAUAUGAA